CAAAAAAAGAAAAAUUCAUUUGAAAUCAAUUUUCGCUUCGAGAAGUCGUUUCGCACGUGCAGGGGUCCUUUUUUUUCCCGGAAAAAAACUGCAUUUAAUCAAUUAAAUUCUAAGACUUAACUACCUCAUUCCUCAUUCAAAACACACAAAACCAUGAGUUCAAUCAAGAAACUGAUCCCAAUGCUCGAUCGCAUCUUAGUGAAACGUGCCGAAGCUAUUGCAACGACUAAAGGUGGAAUUCUGAUUCCAGAAAAAUCUCAAGCCAAGACCUUGGAGGGAACAGUGAUUGCUGUUGGGCCAGGAGCCAGGAAUACUAGCGGACAACACGUUCCAGUUGCAAUCAAGGAAGGAGACAAAGUUUUGCUACCUGAAUUCGGAGGCACCAAAAUUGAAUUGGCUGACAAAAAAGAGUACCUUCUAUUCAGAGAGUCAGACAUUCUGGCAAAAAUCGAAUAAGAUAGAAUAAUUGCUAUUUUGUAAACAUUCUGGCUGCCAUCCCGCGCAUCCUUCAUCAACUCUCUUUUUCGCAUGUUGAUCAAUUUGUUAUGUUUUAGUUAACAAAAAAAUUAAUAAAAAAAAAGAUUAAAAACAAAAA